CGUUGUGGCAACAAUCUCAUAAUCAUAUGCAGCUUAUAAAAAUAAACCAAUCAAAAAGAUCCAAUAAUACAUAUUGUUUAUUAGGCUAUAUUUUGCUUAAGGUUCACACUUGUGGGUGAUGUGCGAUCUCAGGGCACAAAGGUGUGGUCGAUGAGGGCCCCGCCCCCUGUCACUAACACAAUUAUUAUUCAGUUAUUCAUGUCAGGCAUUUGAAGUGAUUAAUCAAAACAGCAGCUUUAACUUAUAUUUUUGCAGAAGCCACUGAAGAAGGCUUUACAGUAGUAAACAAACAGAAUAAGAAAACCCCUCUUCUUUCAAGUAAAGAGCCCUUGGUGUCUAGUGCACUAUGUAGUGAUGCUGCCUUCUGCUGGAGCCGCACUGCUCCACCGGCCCGUGCAGAGAUGGCGAGGAAACCCCGUGGACACGGCACUGCUUUUUCAUGACGGUGUCAUGGAUGAUGAAGACGACCGCCGUCUUCUGGAUUUUUUAGGAGAUGUGCAAGCAUUGAAUGAGUAUCUUCAUGGUUCAAACAGUAAAUCUAUUGGAGAAGACGAUGUGACAAAUGCAGCAUUUGGGUCAGCCAGCUCAUUCUUCACAAGUGACACCAGUGGCUCCAAUGAAGAACUCAAAGAUGGCCACAAUCAUUUGGGAGAGUUUGGGGAGGCUGGUGGAGCUGAGCUUCAGCUCUCAAGCAGUCUUCCGUUCAUCGAGGAUGAGCUCGACGGUGGAACCUCACCAGGUGGGGUCGAUCUCAGUGGUGAGGACCAACCAUUUGACAUCCUCCAGAAGUCAUUGCUGGAAGCAGAUAUCACAGAGCAAACAUUGGCUCAAGAAGCUCUUUUGGACUCCCAGCCAUCUCUCAUUCCCUCAGCUACCGCCUUCCCUCAGCAGCUGGUCUCUGGAGGGUUUGGAGGUGUCGCGGGUCCUGGUGUGGUGGCACCAUUGGCACAACCUCAGGCUUUUAUCCAGCAGGUUCCCCAGCUACCCUUGCCAAAUGGCCCAGCUGGACACAUCCAGGUAGUGGGAUCCUUCAAUGGCAGUGCCUCCUCUAUGAUGACUAUCAACAGUUUGGAACAGCCUCAGAUCCUGUUGAGGCAGAGCGGAAAUGUUGUGACAAACAACAGUGGGCAGGGUACCAUGUUCACCCCCUCCGCAGCUGGUCAGGUGUCAAUGUCUUUCAAUAAAGGAACAAUACCACUUCAGAAUAUUAUCAUCCAGAGAGGCCCUACGCAACAGGCAUUGAUUAGACCGAUUCAGCCUAAACCCUUACAGACAGGGGGACAAACUGUAUACAACAUCAGCAACAUCGGGCUUCAACCUAACACCACCGCUGCGAAUUUAGUCAGUAGCCCCUACACAGCCUCUGGCUCUCCUCAGUCUGCUCAACAGGUGAAAGUGGUCAAUCCAGCCAGCAGCAUUGUAAUGCAUUCACCGCUGGGGCAACAAGUGCAACCACAGUCCCAGUCCAAUCUGCCUCAGGGGCAGUUUUUGCUACCCAGUUCUAUUUCCCUAACCCCUGGUACGACUGUUCACAGCUUCCAGGCUGUGAAUGGGCAGGUGUUACAAACAAACACUCAAAUGGGCGACCCAGCGUCAAUGUGCACUACCACCUACUCCAUCCUCACCAAUCAGAACACAACAGUACAGCUUAUCGCUGGGCAGAACUUUUCAGCUGGAGGGCAGCUAAUAGUCAAUCAAGGUUUGGUCAGUGGAGGUCAAAUAGGCCAAGCUUCACCCACACCUGUUGUGCAGGUGUCUCAAAGGCCUGGUGCCAUGGCCAAAGUUUGGAAUGCCAGCGCGUCGCCUAGCCCAACCCCUGUACAGACGUCUCAGACUUCAAGCCACCUCACCAUGGUCAGUUCUAGUGUUCAGGGCCCACAGGUUUGUCAGCAGUUAUCUGUGAGCCCAGGACAGCACCUCCUUAUGCCCGUGGGCCAGAAUGCUUCAGCUACUUCUGGCGUUCCGGAGUUUCAAGUCUCUCUAAACCAGGACACAGCAACACAAAGAGGGCAAACACAAUUAAUUAAUCUCCUUGGUACCAAAGCUGUGAAAACGCUCACUCCUGCCAGUCAGGAAUUGCCUCUCACACCGAAGCGACCUGCAACUCAGCAACUUACUAGAGGAGGAAUGGUCCUCCAGCAGUUAAGACAGGAUCACAGUAGAGUCAUGUCUUCAGAGCGGACACCCUUCACUUCAUUAAAUGAUGGCAUUGAAAGAUUACUGCCCUAUCAUGUUUUCCAAGGCUCACCACCACGAGAUGAAGAUUUCGCCAAAGUUGAUGAGGAGUUUGAAGCAGUUGCCACACAAGUGCUAAACAGAACGCAGGCCAUGGUGAACAAAUACAGGCGCCUACUCAUGGUGGAAGCAGAGAGGUCUAGCCCUUCAUCAGAAAUGGUGAUGAUUGACAGGACUUUUAACCAAGAGGAAAGGGGCAACUUGACCCAAGACAAACGAAUGGUGUUAGUGGAUCCAGAUAGCUUCCUGGAAGACUUCUGCUGUGGCCCUAAACUAAGGAUCCCAAGUCCUAAAGUCUUGACCCCAGCCACCAGUGAGGGCAGUCCCAGCAUAAUGGAAACAUCCCCAAGGCAUUCCAUAAGUCUCACCAUAAAAGAUGGGCAGGUUAUGAACAGCCACACAGAACCUGCUUAUAGGACAGAAUCUCAACAACAAGGAAUGGAAGAACACAGAAGAUCUCCCAUCAAGUGCAUCCUGGACCUAAAAAAAAAGAAAUCCAUCAACCUAAUCAGCAGCAACAGUCAACAUACCCACUACCCUACAUCUCCCAGCCAAUCACAGCAUAGCUCUGCCCAAGGCUACCCUUCGAGCCUGGGGCGGGGCCACGAAGAACAACUUCCCUCAGAUCAUAGUCACACGUCAUUGGCUGACACAGACUCUGUGCUUGAGGCUGCCGUGAAUAGCAUCUUAGAAUGUUAGACAGUGCCAUAUUUAUGUUUGUUAGUUGUUCCAUGUUAAUCUCAUUUCAUUUCAUGCCAUGUGUGUGCGAGCUGAACUCCACGGCAUGUGUGAACGGAUGUACGUUGGCAUUAUCACGGUUUGAAAUGCACACAGCAGCUCUGACUAUGUUGAGGAACAGGAAGUCGAAUCUAACGAUAGUGAUACUCUAAUACUGUGCCUGUUCUAGAGAAGUUUACAUAAAAGCCUUUUUGACAGGAUACACUUGCAAUCACACACACAUAUAUGCGCACACACACACACACACACACAAUCAAGCAGUAAGUAAGUGUGAUGUUUGGAAUGUCAUGAGUAGACAUUAAUAUUUGUAGCGUAUCGAUCAAUAUCAGACACUUAGUCUAAUAGUCUGUCCGCACUUAAGGUUUUAUGGUUGUCUCAACACUUAUGUUGUAUCAUUGCAGUAGACUUUGACCAAGUGAGGCACACAAACACACCUGCGCAUUUUUAAACAUUGGUUGUGCUCUUUUUUUUUUUUUUGUUUACUUUUGUUUUGCGAUUAGUUUUGUACCUUACAGGUAUGUUACCUCUCCACAGAGACAAAACUGUGUGGUUUUGUGCAGUGGAAAGUUAAGUCCUCAGAUUGAGGUUACAAUGUUACAUGAUGUUUAUCUUUUUUGUUUAAUUCAUUUUUUGAAAUGAUGCAUUAUAUAUUUUUUUGUGAAGUCUGAGCUGCUCCCUGUCUGGAGAAAAUAUGUGCUGUUUUGCACUUUAAGUUAGUAUCUCAAAGAACCCACAUAGGUAAAUCUCAUGAAAACAUGUCAGUCGCAUUUCAACCCAAAAUCAAUGGAAAUAAAAAGAAAUAAUAUUUUGCAAAAAGAAAAGGAAACCUAUUUUUGGACUAGUAAUAUAUAUUUAUUGCAACGUUUUUUCAUCAUUUAAGCACAUUUUAAUCACAAUCAAAUAUUUUUAAAUUCUAAAUUCUUAUUACAUUUUAAAACGAUACCAAAUUCUUCUCUUUCUUUAGUAAAAUAUGUUAUAUAUUUUUUAUAUUUAAAUCUGUGUGAAUUUAAGUACAAUUGAGAUAUAGAAUUGUCACAUUAUCACAAAUUAGGCUACAACAGGCUUAAUUUUUCUGAGCAAAAUAUGAUUUCUUAUUUCUUUCCUUAGAUUUUGGGAUUUUUGUGAGAUUUACCCACAUUUUCCCUUGUGCGUUGAGUCCCCUGCUGGUCAGGCUGUAGUCUUGGCAGUCGGUUUGCAGUUUCUGCCUCUAGUGGCAGCUUAUAUUUGCACAUGUGGACGUGACCUUGUACUUUACAGAUAGCCAUGAUCACAACUUUCACAGCCCCUCUGCAGAUCUCUUCUCUCAUUUGCGCAGUUUUAAAUUGGUGAAAGCAGUAGUAGUUAUGUCACAGCACAUCAGGUUUUUCAUUCAUUAUUGGUAUAUAGGAAAUGGCUCUUUACUGAGUUAAUGUAGUUUGGUUGGAGGACAGGCCCACAUUUCAACAACCCAUUUUGAGAAAUCUUUUCUAAAGAAAUAACUGUCAGCAUUCAAUUUCGUUUUAUAGACUAGAACCUGUAUUGACUGUGCCAUUACAGGGCUUUGUCAGCUUCAAUGAUAGGAGUUUGACCAAGACUAUUUCAAAAACUGACCAGGGGAGCGUUUCCCAAAGCCAACUAUGGUUGUAACUUCUGUUGCUGUCAACAGAGUUCAAAGGAACUUGCGACCAUAGAUGGCUAGCGAUGCUUUUGGUGAAACGCACCCCAAAGCAGAGAAACUGCAGUGUGCAGACGUUUUCACAAGUCUGCGUUUCCAUUAGCAUCCAUUCCAGAGCCGAAAGGAAGGUUGCUUGUUUUCAUCUAUACAUGUCAUCCCAUUGUUUUUGCAUCAACACUAAACGCCACUGUCUUUCCCAGCAAUUCAACCAAAAAUGACAGACAGAAAAAAAAAAAAAGAAAUAUUCUUCUCUCUGAUCUGAGCUCUAGUGGUCGGUAUAAGGGAGCAUUAUGAAAGACCUUCACUUCGAAGGGCUUCUUUGCCUUAGGACAGAGCGAGUGAAAACAAGUUUAAAUAGUCUAUCAUUUGUUUUUACUGCUUUUUGUUGUGCGAGUGUGGCCUUCAGUUAUCGUAAUACCCCAUGGUAAAAGUUGCUUUUAUCGUUUUAUUUUCUGCAUCACCUAAAACUUGAUUUGUAAUGUUUGUAUUACAAAAAAUAAAAACAUGAAACACAAAAUAUUUAUACUUUUUGUAAAGAAAAAGAAUGUAAAACAAAAAAGUUAUUUUUAUUAUGUUAGGUGUACACGUCAUACUGUAUGUGGUCAGUUCAUGAUUUGAUGUUUUUGUGAGUGUUCAUUACAACAGCAGAGAUAAAUAUUAAAUUCAUUUUGAAUACA